CCUCCGACACAGCAUUCCAGUUUAAGCAGAUGAAAGCCAGCCACCCCCUGUCUCCUCAUGGUUGGAGUGAUUUGCCGUGGUCACCGAAAGGAGCGGGAGGCAGAAGCCUCACACUCAAUCAUUGAUAGUUGCAGAGUGUGAGGAACGGAAGAAGGAGAGAGAAACUGAGACACAGUCACACACACACACACGGCAGGCUGUGAGCAGGGAGCAGGGAUGGUAGCUGAGGAGAUUGUUGUCUCCCUCUCAGGGGGUUCCCCGUGGGGCUUCAGACUGCAGGGAGGAGCAGAGCAGCAAAAACCUCUACAGGUGGCCAAGGUACGCAGGCGCAGCAAAGCAUGCAAGGCUGGACUGAAGGAGCAUGACGAGCUGGUUGCCAUUGGCGACCAUAUGUGUGCAGAGCUCAGUCAUGCUCAGGCCAUGGGGCUCAUAGAUACACAGAGCGCUACACUCAACCUGAGGGUUAAAAGGGCCCCUUCUGAUUUCCACUCCUCAUCUGCAUCGCCCCGCUCCUUCAUGAGGGUCCUGUCUCCCCCCGUGGGCCCUUUGCCCUCUCACCGUUCCUCCAUCCUCUCCCCCACUGGGAUACCCGGGGGCAUCACUUCCCCUCCAGACAGCGAGGCUUACUACGGAGAGACAGACAGUGACGCGGACACGCAGUCACUCACGCACCGUCGCCAGCGCCGCACACCUCCUCACGCACGCUCACCUGCGCGCUAUGACAAGCAAGAAGAGGAGGAGACCUCAGAGAUGAGCGGGUAUGAGAGCGCCACAGAUGCAGUGGUUUCCAUGCAGGGGCAGUGGGACGGUCAGUGUCUUCCUGGCGUCCCUCGCAGAGAGCUCAUCCUCCAGCCACUCCAGACCGAGUGGACCACUCCAGCACACACCCCACACACUCUGACCCCUCACACACUCACACCGACCCCUGAUCAAGGCUUGAUGGAGGUGGAGGGAGAAGGGGACAGUGGCUUCCAAGAGGCGGGGGGCUGCAUUGGGCUGGCCUGCCCACCGCUUGUGUCUCCUGAACGGGCGAAAGAGGCUCUGAUGUCGGGCUCUGGUAAACAUCUGGUGCCCAUGGUGGGACCACAGCAGACCCCAGUCAGCAGCGAGCUCUCCACCACCUACAUGGACAAAGCACGACAAGCUAAGUUGCAUCGUGGGGAGAGUGUGGUGGAGAAACAGGUAAAAGAAGCUCGUACUAAAUGCCGAUCCAUUGCCUCUUUGCUGACUGAUGCUCCCAACCCCAACUCGAAAGGGGUGCUUAUGUUCAAGAAACGCCGGCAGAGGGCCAAGAAGUACACACUGACCUGCUUUGGCAAAGCUGAGGAAGAUAGAGGAGGCGAGACAGAAGGAGACACAGAAGGGGAGACAGAAGAGGAAGGAGGAAGCUCAAUCCUGAGUGGCUCAGAAGUUGAUGAAGAGGGAUUCUCAGCAUCUUUUGACCCUACGUGGGAUACCGGGUAUCUAGACGUGCUGGACAGGAAAAGCUCUGCCUGCCCGUCAACCACACCAAGUACUCCAACAACGCCAACAACCAAGCACAGCUCGGGGCUGGACAUCUCAGCCUAUCAUACUCCAGGACUUGUGAGCUCUGUCAAUCAAAGCCCAGGGUUGGAGGUUUCAGGGCUGGAGAGCUCAGCCUAUCAGGGCUCAAGGCUGGAGAGCAGCAUUACGAAGCAGCUGAUCAGUAACCACCCUGCGCACAUGUCUCCUCCAGCUGUGGCUCUGACCAAUGGGGGGUUGGUAGCUGUAAGUCGGGCUAGUGUUGUUCUGAGCUCGCCCUCUCAGACGUCCCUUCCAAGUCAAAAUGGGCAACAUGGCAACCCUAAUUCUAGUCCUAACCCUAAUCUUAGUCCUAGCCCAAUCAGAGACUUAGAUCAUCACCUGAAUCCAGGUGUUCUAAACCGCACUGCACGCCCCUUCACCCCAGGCCCUGCCUCUUCUCGUGCAUCUGUAACGUCUGUGAUGUUCCGCCCUCCCCAACCCAAACCCACAGCCGUGACCAUGGCGACCAAACCUGUUGCGGCUGUCUCCAUGGUGACCAUCCAACCUACUCACCAUCCAUCAGGGCCAGAUGCAAGGAGAGCGGUGUCUAGCACCUCUCUGUACAUCCCCCCAAGAAAUAACAACAGCAACACCACUCCCCCCUCUGUUAACUCUCCCCCCUCAGCUCUCUCGCCUCCCCCCUCUCUGUCUUCUGCACUUUUCUCCAAGCCGGCCGCAAAUCCACCCACAUUUUCCCCUCAGCCCGCAGUGUAUGCUUCCCCCUCCAUCCCGUUCUCUCCUUCUGCAGCUCAAAGUACCCUGUUUUGUCCAUCACCUGCUCAACCCUACUCUGCUCCAGCUCGACAGCCAUUUCCCUCUCCCCCUGCUCCUACUUAUCCACCUCCCUCCACCUGCAUUCCUGCUUCUCCCAUCUCCCCACCACAUCCCUCUGAUCCGACUCAGGCCUCCUUCCAUGCCCAGCCCAGCCCUCCUCCUUGUCCUCCUCCCACCCAACCUUCUCCAUCUCCAGCUGUCCACCCUUACAUCAACAUGACAGGUGCAGUGACUCCUGGCCCCUAUGCUGCCAUGGCAACUGCCUCCCCACCCCAGCCUCUGGGUGCCGAUUCGUUGGGGACACGAGAGGAGCGCAUCUCGGUCCCUGCCGCUCGCACCGGCAUCCUGCACGAUGCCCGUCGCCGUGGCAACAAGAAGCCAAUGUUCUGUGCAGUCCAGAACAAAGAUGUUAAUCCAAACCCGGACUUGCUGUCGAUGGUCCAGAACAUGGAUGACCACUUUGUGAGAACCCCAGGUGCUGAAACUGGAGCUACACCCAGUGGUGAGACCGGACAUGAGUCGGGGCCUGAGGAGGACUGGCUGAGACUGGGGGCAGAGGCCUGCAACUUCAUGCAAGCUCAACGGAGAUCCAGGCCACCUCCUGUAGCUCCCAAACCCCAAACGCCUCAGGUGCCACAGCUGGCGGGGAAGGGAGGUGAGCUGUUUGCCCGCAGGCAGAACAGGAUGGAUCGGUACGUUGUGGAGCGAUCCCCCUCUGCUGCUGCGGCACCUUUCUCUCCUGCCCAGACAAGGGAGUCCUCGCCUACGCCUUCUCUUCCUUCUACCUGGAAGUACUCGUCCAGCAUCCGUGCUCCUCCUCCCAUCAGCUACAACCCCCUUCUCUCCCCCUCCUGCCCUCUGAAGGCCCAAAAGAAGCCUGAGGUCACAAAGUCCGGACCAGCUGGAUCUAAAGGGCAGAAAAAAGGCCUCAAGGCUGUGGACAUUAUGAGCCACCAGCCCUACCAGCUCAACUCUUCUUUGUUCAGCUAUGGGGGUGGGGUUCCCAUGGACACCUCCACCUAUCAGCAGCAGAAAGGAUUGACAAGUCCUCAGAAGACAGCACGAGUAUAUGAGGUAAAGCGCUUCUCCACGCCCCCGCCGACAUCCACAGGGCCCGCUCUCAAAGUUAUUGCACCUCGAUCAGCUACGACACUCGGAGAACCCCUGUGGCGCUCUGAUGUCACAUCUCCUCCACCUACAGUUGGCCCCGCCCCCUACCAACCCUAUCAGCCUCAAACCCAACCCUACCAACCUCAGUGGGCCACCUCCCCUCUGUCUCCCCCACCUCCCCCUGCCCCUACCACUCCACUUCCUCAGCUCCCCACCUUCUCUGCUGCUCCUGCUCCAAAUCCACUCCAGUCUCCUACUUUCUCCCACCUUCAGCCCUCUAACAGUGCGCAGGCCAACAGGCAGUUUAAGAGUGCCCCAGAUCUGAGUCCCAUGGGCCCCGCUGGUGCCUCCCGGCCUGCAUCCAGCACCACGCAACCUAACAGGGUCCCCAGGCCCCGGUUCAGCACUUCCAACCUGGGUCUACAGCCUUGCGUCUGGCGCCCUGGAUCCACUAUGCACUGAACAGACUCUGAUCUGGACAUAGAGCAACAUUUCUUUAAAUAGGUCCAUGUGUUUUUGGUACUAUAACAAUGUUAUUCAGGGCUGCAGCUUGGGGUUUUACAGACACAUUUUAUCAUAAGAUCUGUUUGGAUCAGCCACCCAUAAAGCACAUUUUAACACUUACAUUUAAUCUUGUUGACUCAUUUAUCCAAUGCAUUUGGCUGUAGUUAGUGGGAACACUGUGUUCUGCAAAAGAAAUGUAGUGUGCAAACCUGAGAAAAGUAAAAAGAAAAAUGGACAUCAACGGCAGAUUGAAAGGACAGAAAGAGAUGCUGAGUGAAACUAAAAUAAAGUUCUGUAAAUAUUGUACUGAAUGAUGAAGUUUAAACAUUAAGAAGAAUAGAGGAUGUGAAAGGACAAGACUUUUGGGACAGAGAUUUGGUCGAAGAUGGUAAAGAGAUGAAAAGGAAAGCACUGAUGAAGUGACAUAAUAAAAACAAUGUCUGAUGAGGUGUAAAAGAUGCAGAUUUGACUCAUAACUUGACAAUUUGUAAACAUCCUACAGUACCUGUUGCCAUCCUGCAUUAUCGUAUCAGAGACGUUACUUUACUAACAUUUUUGAGUACUGUAAUUCCCCCUCUGUUAUAUAUAUUCUACGGAUUUGUGUUUGAGUGUCUUUUUUUUGCAGUUGCACUCUGCAGCAGUGUGUGCUUUGUUUUCUGUAGUUUUUCAUAGGGUGAAGAGCACAGCUGCCAUUAAGAAGGGAAGCCUUACAGUAGCCUUGAUUUCAGAUCUGUUGAUAUGAAACCAGAGAUGUAUUACAUGUUGGUUUAGCUGUUUUCCACAGAGACAUGCGGCUGAAUAAAAAUAGACAUGACUCACCCCA